AUGGCUAAGACUGCCUCGAGGUACUUCAACCAAGAGGAGGACUCGCAAGGAGGGCAAAGUCGCUGCCAGGCACGAGAGGCUCAGCCAUUCUCCCUCUGCGUAUCACUUGCUACUGUCGACAUCACCUUUGACCAUGGUUCGAUGUCGCUGCAGCAGUUCGCCGAUGCGUUCCUCCCGAAUUCGCCUUCGACAUCCCCGUCUCAGAUCCUCAACAUUUCCUCCGGAACGCCGUCGUUCAUGCUCUUCGGCCAGAAUCCUCCGCUGCCGAUGUCUAGCUUACCCGCGCCUCGAAUCCACCGCCUCAUCCCUGCUUCUGGGCCUACGUUUGGUGGCAUCGAGGUGACAGUGCUUGGUGCGAACUUCCAUCCCACUAUGCAGUUAAAUUGCACCUUUGGCGGCACACCAUCGACGUCUACGCAAAGGUGGAGCGAUAACACACUGGUGUUGCCGGUGUGGUUCGAUGGUCUUCAGAAAGAAGAAGAAGGAUCUCUUCCAUGCCUCUUUACCUACACUGACGAGACGGACAAAGCUUUAAUGGAGCUUGCCUUACAAGUCGUCGGGCUAAAGAUGACGGGCAAGAUCGAAGAUGCGAGAAAUGUUGCUAUGCGCAUUGUUGGCAACACCGAUGGUGAUGCGAAUUCCGGGAUGGGAACCAGCAACGCCAUGCAACUUGCCAACGAAGUUGGACCUACUCCUGAUUUCCGUCAUCUCCUCCUCAGCCGCGCUGGAAGUGACGGAGAUUUCGAGCGAGUCCUCAUUGACUUCCUUUCCAUUCUCGAUGUCCCACUUGACAGUGCCGCCCUAUCAGUGUCCUCAUCGAUCUCGCACUCGACCGCUAACGGGCACACACUGUUGCAUCUAUCAACUAUGGCUAACUUCCCUGCCCUUGUCAAGUUUUUGAUUGCCCAUGGGAUCGACCUGGACGCACGCGACAAGAAUGGGUGCACCGCGCUAUUCUUGGCAGCUGUGGCCCGAUCCUCCGAAUGCGCGAGGGUACUCGUUCAGGCAGGUGCGGCGCUAGAUGUCGUUGAUGCGCUAGGGAAGACGCCGGUGGAAAUUGUGCCCUCUGGAUUCUUCGACUUCACGACUUCCGUUGGCGACGUCGCCGACUGUGACACUCAGGAAGAAGAGGAGGCUGCUUGGGCAGACGUGGACUCUGAGGACGAAAUGGAGGCUAGACAUACUCCCAGACGCCACGUCGAUCGCAGAUCGGGCUUGCGGAGGCGGCGGUCAGCGCAUCUCCCGUCACAAGACGACCAGAAACGACAGGAUGACACUGUUGCGCGUCCAUUGGAGUCGAAGAAGGCUCUCGAGGCAGGCAUGCCGGACGAGAAGCAAGUGGCGUCUUUCAUGGAGAUGCUCUCUCGCACGUUGAUGCAGUGGCAACAUCCUCAAGACAUGAUUGCGAACAUGCAGAACCUGCCGCUGCCUCACCUUCCCAAUCUCCCAGGUGCUUGGAACGCACUGCCACAGAUGCCCGCCGUCUUCCCCGUUCUAGUGCCCAUUCCGGCUUUGUCGGCCUUGUGGGGCGACAAGCGUGGUGAGGGAAGGGGGCAGCAUGGCGAGGCGAAAGGCGCGAACGGCCAACCGUGGCGUGCCAUUCCGACCAGUCAAGAUUGGCGUGCGUUCGUGGAGAAAUGGACGACGCAGGCCACCCUCUCCGCCAGGCAGGCCGAGGACAUGUCCGAUGCCCCUCCUGCGUACACCCCCAGGAGCGCUGAUGUGGCGGAACCUAUCCCCUCAUCGUCAAAGGAGAAGGAAGUGCUUGCUGCAUGCAGCGCCGUCGCGUCGCGCUCUGUCGUUGAUCGACAUGUGUCCCGCGCGGUAGGCUACCAAACAGUCCCUCUCCCCGAGGAAGAAAUGCAAGCGUUUGCGUACCGACCGCACAAGCCAUCUCGCAAGCAAAAGAAACAAAGUGGGCUAAGUAAACUUGAAGCUAUGCGGCCAUUGUCGGACCACGAUGCGAAGAAUCUGGACAAAGACUUCACCAAAUGGCUGGAUUGCUGGCGGAAUACCCUUACGACAAUCGCGCCCUUUGCGUUCGACCUCGCCAACCACCCCGACGAUCGUCUUGCGACACAUUGCAUGUACAUCGAGGUUGAACGGAGCCCUUCUGCGCUCAUCCUCGAGCAGUCUUUCAAGAUGCUAGGAGGCACAAUUUUCACCCGAGAUGAGGUUGUCGAGAGGUUCCACGAACUGGAUGCUACUGAGGAGCAGAUAGAGGAUUGGAAGAACGACAACCGAGGCGAUCACACAGUCCACAUCAUCAUCCAAUUCUACGAUUUGAUGCGCUUUCUCUGGUUCUCGCUCAUCGACCUCAGCGAAUACAAGGAGGAUAAGAAGACUUCAGCCAUGCUCGCUGCCGGCAGUAUGCUCGUGACCGCGUCGCGUACCUCGUUCCUUGCCAAUCUAGCAUGA